AUGCAGUCACCGGUUCGAUUCCUCGACCAGCCGGACUACCUCUCAGAAACGGAGAACGACGACAGUAGGCAGAGCGUUGUCUAUUUGUCUGCAUACUUUAUGGCUCCGCUGUUUAGGUUCGUCUCCCUGGCUCGUCCAGCUUCAGCGAUGGCUCAUACAGACUAUCGCAAGAGUUCACGAAAGGGCUUCGAGUCGUUCGACUCAUACAGCAGCGAUGCGAGCAGCCAUGAUUCACGAUCGGUUACAAGAAGCGGUUCGGCAACACCGGUAAUCGACCGGGAAUCGAGAGCUCGAAUGGAGACGAUGGAGCGUCAGCUGGCGGGUCUGUCGAGUCUCGUUCAUUCGGCAUUAGUGAGCAAAGGAAUGAGCGAAAGCAGUCGUAGGGACAUGGCCGAUCUUCGAAGAGAAGUAUCUUCAUCAUUCCAGCCGAAUCUGAUUGUUCCUCGGAGCAAAUCCUCUUUCCAGAUCCUCGCACUCCAUCCUGACGCCGAACGAGCCGCCUCAGAAGAACCGCCUUCAUUACCAGAUAGUCUCUCAUCACAUACCCAGCAUCAACUUGACCAUCUUCGCCAGAAGCUGCAGCAGGCUGGUACUGACAUGAAGCAGCUGAGACGAAUCGCUCAGGUGUGCCUUCACGUAUUCCCAUCAGAGUUGAGAGUAUUCUUGUAUUACAUUCAGGUGAACGCACAGAAUGCUCGCAAAUACAUCAGUGAAGCUGCCGAGGAAAUAACCCGACUGGUUUCUCAAAAAAUGAUGGUUCCUCUCUCAAAUACCGUAUACCCGAACGGCGACGGCCCUUCAGUACAAAAACAGGCCGAAAUUAAAGAGAGAAAAAGCCACGAAGAUCGAUUGAUUCGACUGCUCGAAGGCCUCACAAGGUUCGAGAACAAUGUGGAAAGCGUAAGAAGCAGUGUCCUUACAAGCAAUCGAAAACUGCGAAUGUCUGAAGUCGAAUCGUUGACCGAAGGACUUACCCAAAUCGGUCGCGAAGCCGCCGCCCUAAAAAGUUAG